GUCAAAGGUUAAAUCUUUCAGUCUUAAAAUUUUCUUCGAGAUGCGUGUACAGCUCUUAUUAGUUUUGUUACUAAAACUCGUUGAAAAUGCACCUGUAGGUCGUCACAUUUUAAUGAAAAAAUAUCUUAAACAAUUUGGAUAUGAUACAGAUAACAUGCCAAUGGCUGUAAAAAACUUUCAGCAGUUUCAUCAUCUACAAAUAAAUGGCAAAAUGAAUGAGGAAACGUUGAGUAUGAUGGAUAAACCUAGAUGCGGAAUGCCGGAUGAUAUAUACAAUAUGGCUUUUCACGGUCCGGUUCUGCAAAAUAGAAACCUGUCGUACAAAGUGGAGAAUUAUGGGUAUCUGGUGCCGUCGGAGGUGGACGAAGCGCUGAAAAAAGCGUUUGAUAUGUGGCAAAACUAUACUGAGCUUAAUUUCAAGCAUUUUAAGCGGAUUUACGUUAUGAGGGUGAACUUCAAUCGAUUAAAUCACGGCGAUAAAAACGAUUUUGACGGUCCUGGACAAAUGAUCGGUCAUGCAACACCUCCGGUUAACAACGCCCAAAGCGAUAUACAUUUUGAUCUGGAUGAGGAUUGGACUUGGCGCGGUGAUAACGGCAUCAACUUCUUCCAAACUGCAGUUCACGAGUUAGGCCACGCAUUAGGCUUAAGCCAUAUCAACGAGACGGAUUCGGUCAUGUAUCCUUACUACACUUACAAAGAGAACUACAGUUUGACUAAAUCUGAUAUAGCGAGAAUUCAAUAUUUGUAUGGGGUACGAGAUAGAAGCAUUGAUAAUCAGGUUGUGAAUCCUACGUGCAUAAUACUGAACUACAACACUAUUUUCGUGUACGAAAACUUGACGUACGUAUUUCGCGGAAAAUAUUAUUGGGCCUUCAACGAGGAAGGAUAUAGGAUCGAGGAAAUGAGACUGAUAAACGAGAAGUGGCCCUUUUUACCAUCGAAUAUCGAUGCGGCUUACGUGACGGAUUCGAAUAAGGUGAUCUUUUUCAAGGGAUUGCAGUACUGGAAGUAUUAUAAAUCGAGAUUGUUAAAAAACUACCCGAAACUCAACUACCACGGUUACAGUGGAGCUCCAGAACGCAUCGACGCUGCUGUGAAGUGGAAUAACACUCUACUCUUAUUCAAAGACACUGAAAUCUGGAGCUAUGAACCGGGAAAGGGCAGCACAUCCAUUGGAAAAGUAAAUAAUAUUGUAAACGCAGCCAUCGUCAAGGGCAACGACCUAAUACUGUUUGGUCACAGAAUCUUCUCGAGAUGCACUUCCAUCAAUACAAAUUGCAUACGGGAAAAUAUCUCAGCUUAUUUCAAGUGCAAUAUCAGAAAUACAACAGCUGUAGCGUAAGGAAUGAUUAAACCUAUGCAUCAAGAGCAUUUAUUCAAUUAAGAUUUAGAAAAAAAAUACUUUUGUUAACUUUUGUUUUGCUCUUUUGUAGUUCUCAUGUCAUCGAAAGCGUUAAAGAAAAUUACAUAAAACCGCACCAAAAA